CGUAGCAAUAAUGAAUAAGGCUAGUCUUGUCCAGUGCUCGGCAAACUACAUACCCUUGUCGCCUAUAAGCUUCUUAGAACGAGCUGCUGUUGUCCAUGGCGAUAAGAUUUCGAUCGUUUACGGUGGAGUGAGAUUUUCAUGGCAGCAGACGCUUGAUAGAUGUCUCAAGGUCGCCUCGGCUUUCGUCCACUUAGGGAUAUCUCGCCAUGAUGUUGUUGCAGCUUUUGCACCAAACAUCCCAGCACUCUAUGAGUUACAUUUCAGCAUUCCAAUGGCAGGAGCAGUCCUUUGUGCACUUAACAUUAGGCUGCACGCACCCGCAUUAGCUUCGAUAUUACAACAAUUGGAAGCCAAAGCCAUUCUUGUAGAUCAUCAGUACCUUGGAGUUGUCCUCCGAGCACUUGACAUUUUGUCCCAAUCAAACUCCAACUCCAAGCCACCUCUCCUCAUUCUAAUCCCAGAAUGUGACCAAUCAUCAUCAUCUUCCCAUACUGAUCUUGAUCUUCCAUCAGGUGCCCUAAAUUACAAUGACCUACAGGAAUCAGCAGAACCCGGUUUUCAGAUUCUCAGACCCAACAAUGAGUGUGACCCGAUUUCAGUGAAUUACACUUCAGGGUCAACAGGUAAUCCCAAAGGAGUUGUGUACAGCCACAGAGCUGUGUACCUGAAUUCACUGGGAGCAAUUUUUCAGAGUGACAUGAGAAAAAUGCCUGUUUUUCUAUGGACGGUCGAAAUGUUUCGGUGCAAUGGGUGGUGCUUCCCUUGGGCUGUUGCUGCUCUUGGUGGCACCAAUAUCUGCCUAAGAAGUGUCUCAGCCAAAGCCAUUUUUGAAGCAAUUGAUCUUCACAAGGUAACACACUUAUGUGGUGCACCCUCUAUAUUAAACAUUCUAGCAGAUGCCUCAGAAAAUGGUCAAAUUAGGGUUACAAAAUCAAGGGUGGAGAUUAUUGUUGCUGGUGCAUUGCCAGCACCGGAGAUUCUGAUCAAGGUUACAGAAUUAGGGUUUAAUGUGAGCCAUGGAUAUGGCAUGACCGAGGCUCUUGGUCCGGCAAUUGUCACACCAUACAAACCCAAGUUGGAAUCACAGUACAAUCUAAUGAUGGAAGGUGUUGAUGUGAAGGAUCUGAAUAGUAUGGAGAGUGUGCCAUAUGAUGGAAAAACAAUGGGGGAGAUUAUGUUAAGAGGCAACACUUUGAUGUUGGGAUAUCUGAAAAACUCAAACCCUAAUCAUGAAGUUUUCAAGGGCGGAUGGUAUAGGACUGGUGAUCUGGCAGUUCGGCAUUCAGAUGGAUACAUUCAGAUGAAAGAUAGGGCAACGGACAUUAUAAUUUCGGGUGGGGAGUCUAUAAGCACACUUGAGGUGGAGGCAGUUUUGCUAACUCAUCCACAAGUUUUGGAGGCUGCUGUUGUGGGGAAACAUGAUGAGGUUUUGGGGGAGACACCUUGUGCUUUUGUGAAGUUGAAGGAGGGUUUUGGUGGUGGUGGUGAAGAAAGUUGUAAAGAGAUUAUGAAAUUUUGUGAGGAGAAAUUGCCUGUUUUUAUGGUUCCACAAGCUUUCGUGUUUGGGGAUUUGCCUAAUUCUACUGGGAGGGUACAAAAGUUUGUUCUAAAGAAGAAGGCCAAUCUUGUGGGAAGCCAAGAAUAAGAUGCCUAAUCUCUUCUAUGGGCACUUACAAUUCGCAAACAAGUUUGUUGUAGACUCUUUGUUAUAUAUGCAUGAAGCUUCAAGAAUUUGGGAUAUGAAUGAUUUGUAUUCAGGCAAAGAUUUCUCUGGAGAAUGCUCCUUGGACCUCAGCACAGCUCCUCAAGGGAUUGUCACUUUGGAUGUGUAAUCGGGCUUUUAAUUAUUGAUAUGCUACAAGAGUAGAACAAAGUUAGUUUUGAAAGGUACUUUUGUGGGGCCUUAGGUGUAGGCCUUGAGGCUCGCAAUCAAAACUAACUAAGUGCUUAGGCGUGCCACUACUAUCUUAGUAUAACAGAUGUUGAAUAAGUGUGUUUUAAGUUGAUUACUUGCACCCCAAGUUACUCCAACUUCUUGUUAUCAAAGGAUUGUCACAGAUGGGUUAAGUCUGUAUUAAGUUCUUUUUCUUGCCUUGUAAACAAGAAC